AUGGCCGACCGGGCUCAGCAGAACAAGGAACUCUCAAUGGACCUUCCCAUUGUCGACGUGGACGUCUUCCGGAACAACCCCCGAGAUUCUCCUGAGGUCAUUGCCGAGUGCAAAAAGGCGGCAAGUGCACUGAUCACAUAUGGUGCGCUGAUCGUGCAUGACUCUCGUGUCUCGGAGGAAGACAACCAGACAUUUCUGGACUUGUUAGAGGAUUACUUCGCGCAACCAGAGGAAGAUCUCAAAAAGGAUGAAAGGCCAGAGUUGGGAUACCAAAUUGGUGUCACUCUAGAGAACACCGAAAAACCAAAGUGUGCAGUGGACGAGCCUUGCCUCAAGGUUAUCGAGCGCCUAGCACCAUCAGAGAGGCCGGUAGACAUCAAAGCACAUUCACCAGAUCCCAAGUGCAGAUUCUUUUGGAGAAUGGUAGAUAAACCACCUUACGAGACCGAGUUUCCUGGACUCAACGCAGCAAAUAUUGUCCCCGAUGCGCCUCAAAUUCACGACCGGUGGGAGCCUGCUAUGAACGAAUGGGGCAAGACCUUGAAGAGCGCCGUAUCAGACAUUGCCGGAAUGGCUGCCGUUGGUUUGGGGUUGCCUGCUGAAGCUUUUAUCGACGCGACCAAAUAUGGACCUCAUCUUCUCGCACCAACUGCUUCGAAUCUGGAGAGAUACGGAAAGAAGGAUAGCAUUCUGGCCGGAUUCCACACAGAUCUCAACUUCUUGACUAUUCAUGGUCGCUCAAGAUACCCAGGUCUCCAUAUCUGGGCACGAAACACCGGCAAGCGCAUUCCGGUUAGCAUACCGCCAGGACAACACCUGCUCGUCCAAGCUGGAAAGCAAUUGGAGCACCUAACUGGUGGUCUGAUCAAGGCUGGAUACCAUGAGGUAGUCGUUAACGAUGCCACCCUCAGCACAGUGGAACGGCGCAAGAAGGAGUUUCCCGGUCGACCUAUGGUCCGCAUUUCAUCGACGUUCUUCUACCACCUGUCAUCAGACUAUGAUCUGUCUCCCAAUGACAUUCUGGCCGAGCAGGCUCGCAAGAUCCGCGCAGAUCAAUUCCAAUUGGGCAGAGACGAGGGAGAGGAAGUACAAUAUCCUCACAUGAAGGUUGGCCAACAAGUUCAAAACGAACUCAAGCACAUCGCAUUAAUGGCAUAA